CUUCAUUGAAUAGAGUCAAAACAGGGAAGAGUGGAUGACUGAAACGAGAAAUAGGUCGUAGCCCCAUUGCACUUUUUAAUGUAUUAGUCCAUGUCCUCGUAAUUUUUUUUUUAAUUCAUUCCAUUAUCUAACUUUUGACAUCUGGCUCUAAUCUUAGCCAGUCCAGCCUCAGCCCCAUUGUUAAUCACGUUAAACAUUCAUUUGCACCGCAUCUCCUUCUUCUCACUCUUUCUGGCUUUCUCACCUUCAUUGAAAAGCGAGGCAUGGCUACUGCUGCGACUGCAACAACGAUGCCCUUGAGUCAACAACACACUCAUUUUCAACAAAAACCAGUGUCUUCCUCUUCAGCCUCUCCAUCUUCCUCUUCAUUAUACCGGCCUGCUACUUCAGACGCGCUUCUCGAGACUCUCGUCGAUAGCCAUAACCAGCUCAAUCCUAAUACUGAACACGCAUCGGCGCCCUUGCCCCUCCACGUCCAGCAGCUGCCUACUCCAAGAACAUCUAUCUCCUCCGGUGCGUCCUCAUCUCCAGAGAACCUUUCCCCCGACUUGUCUCUCUCUCAAACGCACACUUCUGUAACCACUCGCCAGAGCCAACAACAGGGUCAGUUUUACAAUAAUAGAGCCAAUUCCCCAUCAUUGCAAUUGGCGUCUGCAAAGCCCUCGUCUCCGUCUCUAUCUUUAUCUUCCUCUCACUCUGGUCAGAGCAAUAUUGCCUCACCCAAUCAGCCCAGUCAACACAGCCCACUUCACCGAUCAUCGUUGGCUCAACAGCCACCUUACCCCACUACAUCCCCUGGACAGAGCUCCAAGCUUAAUCCGGCUUUUUACCGCCCGAACCCUUCGUCAUUGUCCGCGGCCUCACCUCUUGGAGCAGGUGUAGGCUCCACAACCAUAGCAUCCAGUCUGUAUACCUCCAGCAGCGGGGUAGGAGGAGCGUCUGUAGUUGCUACCCCCGCUGCAGGAGUCGGGAGCGGCACCUCAUCCAUCUCGACAGGAACAUUCAAUUCGACCACAAUCGGUGGACGCACCACGCAUCAGGCUCACCAUCAACAUGACCAAUACGACACACAACUGCAGAUGCAGCAAGAACAGCUCUUAGAGGAUGAUGAGCGAGAGCUGCAGAAAAAGAAUGCUCGUUCAGCCAUCAGCGGUGUAUCAGGCUUCUUGCCUCCAGCCAUCAACAUGGGUCUGAUCAAAGUCGUUCAGUCUGCUAAGGAUGCUGUCAACAACUCUCCUCAUUCACCUCAUAGCAAGAUGUCUUUGCCGACAAGUCGGCUACCAAUCAUUACAGAAGGACGGUCUACUACCAGUGCUUUUGCACCUCGCUCUCGCUUCAGAUUCUCAACCGGCUCAAUUGUACAAGCAUUGAAGCUACCUUUGAUCUGUUUAUCAUGGUACAUGUCUUCGGCCGUGACCAACAACAUUGGUAAACAGAUCAUGAACCAAUUCCGGUACCCUGUAACGUUGACGUUUGUUCAGUUUUGGUUUGUAUCGAUCUUCUGUUUCAUUGCUGGAGCAGGCUUCAAGAUGACACGGAUCCGAAGACCUACAAGAGCCAUUUUGGAAAUGACAGCGCCAUUGGUUGGUUUCCAGGUGGUUGGACAUGUGUUUUCAAGUGUAGCCAUCAGUCGUGUUCCUUUGAGCGUUGUCCACACUGUCAAGGCCCUCACGCCAUUAUUUACAGUACUCUUCUAUCGCGUUGUACUCGGCACAACAUAUAGUCGGCCAGUUUACCUUUCUCUUGUACCUUUGAUGGCUGGAGUUAUGUUAGCUUGUCGAAUGUCGCUUGAGUUCAAUAACGUAGUUGGUCUCGGCUGUGCUUUGGCAUCAACCUUAGUAUUUGUGAUGCAGAAUGUAUUUACGAAAAAAAUCUUGUCCAGUGGAAAGUCAAAACAACAGCAGCAACAGCAGCAUCAAGAAGAGAUGAGCAUGCAUGGGCUGGGUAACAAAGAACCCAUCAACGGCUCUUCCAAUGAUCCUAUUGAUCAAGCCCUUGGCGCUGGCCCCAAGCUGGAUAAGAUCAACAUUUUGUUUUAUUCAUCCACAUUAGCAGCUGUCUGUAUGAUCCCAAUGUGGCUCUAUACUGAAGGAUGGACACUCAUCUUUUCAGAAGAUCCAUUGAAACACUCUUCUGGAUCCACAGGCACAUGGAGCGUGAUCCUCUGGCUCCUAUUUUUGAACGGCGUAUCACACUUCUUCCAAAACUUUUUGGCAUUUUCGGUUUUGGCACUCACAUCUCCAGUCACAUACUCAAUUGCCUCGUUGGUGAAGCGUAUUGUGGUGAUCGUGGCCAGUAUUAUCUAUUUCCAUCAGACACUGGGCAUUACUCAAUGGACCGGAGUCUGCUUGACGUUCUGGGGACUAUGGAUGUAUAAUUCAGCCAAGAACGCAACCAAAGUUAACCCGGGAACAGGGAUUUUGGCGACCACCAAAGUAGGCAGGAGAAUGAGUCGUGGAUUCGGAAAGGGAAGCACGUUGGAUGAAGAUACAUCACUGUCCUCUUCUAGUUCUUCCAUGGGUGGCAAUAGGAACAGUAAAGCAGGGUUUUUGGUUUAAAAAUAAAGAAGUAAAAAACAGGAAGAUUAAAGAAUAAAGAACAG